ACUCAGCAUCAUUGGGCGGAGCUCGACGGAAACAUGGCAGCGGGCGUCUUAACUAGAGUAAAGCAGGCUCUCCGUGGCCCUCGCUUGGCCGCUGCUGUGUUCUCGUGUCAUGGACAGACUUUGAGCUCCGCGGCCGCUGCUGUUCAUUCACCGGCAGCACCGACUAUAGAAACCGAUGCUACAGAUAAAAUCCUCAACUUUCCACUCACUCAGCCGGAUUAUUUCCGCUUGUCUGAGCUCUUCAGCAUAAAGGACUUGUUUGAUGCCCGUGUUCAUCUUGGACACAAGAAAGGCUGCCGACAUGCUCUGAUGGAGCCGUAUCUCUUUGGCUGUCGUCUGGACAUGGACAUCAUUGACCUGGAGCAAACAGUGGAUCAUCUCCAGCAGGCGCUCAACUUCACAGCCCACGUGGCGUUUCGAGGUGGCGUCGUCCUGUUCGUGAGCCGCAGACGGCAGUUCGCUCAUCUGGUGGAGACGACGGCGCGUGACUGCGGGGAAUACGCUCACACACGCUACUGGAAAGGCGGACUCCUCACCAACGCUCCCGUCCAGUACAGUCCCGGCGUCCGGCUCCCAGACCUCAUCGUGUUCCUCUCCACCCUCAAUAACGUCUUCCAGGAGCACGUCGGGAUUCGGGACGCGGCCAAGAUGAAUAUUCCCACAGUGGGGAUCGUAGACUCCAAUUGCAACCCCAGUCUGAUCACAUACCCGGUUCCAGGUAAUGAUGACACUCCUGCGGCGAUGGAGAUGUACUGCCGAUUGUUCAAAAUGACCAUUAAAAGGGCGAAGGACAAGAGGAGGCAGAUGGAGCUUCUCAAGGGGAUUUGAGAGAGAGGAGGGGUGACGAGAGGUGUAAUUUUCACCAGCAUUUGGGAGGACAACAAACCUCCCAAAAAAAGAGCAGUUUAUGAAGGGGACACAAACAAUACUGCUAAAGUUGUACUUGCAAGGAUAUGUAUACACUUAUAAAAAGUAAUUUUGUUCAGGGUUUACUGCUCACCUUGAUUCAGAGUAGUUUUAGACAGUUUUAGUUGUUGUUGUUAUUAUAACUCAGAAAUGACAAGGAGACGGGUCCCAAAUACAAAGUAAAUCUAUAGGGAUUGGUUUCGCCCGGUGGGUGUGGUGUUCACAAUAUCGGGUGGUUCAUUCCGCUGUGGUGACCCUGGAUUAAUAAAGGGACUAAGCCGAAAAGAAAAUGAAUGAAUGAAUGAAAACUGAUGAAAUUAGGACAAAAUUACAGAGUUUCUAAUAUAGUGUCUCUUGUUUUUCCAUAUAAAUUAAACAAGGAUUGAUCAAUUGUC